AUGCAGGAUUCUCAGAUUCCAAGUCAAGGAGAGCCAUGGGAGUGCUCCCUUCAGCUCUCAGCUCACUCGGGUAAUCUCGAUGCCCCGCCUACUGCCCUUAACUCGCAGGUUGAGGACAACGGCUCAUGGGACUUUGGACGUCUUUCUUCCAUUGAUGUCGGGUUCCUAAGCCGCCAGGGGGACGGGGAUGGACUUGCAACGUUGAUCGGCCGUUACACUCGUUGGUUGAUGAGCGUCAGCGAUCAAAAGAAUGUUGCAUUCUGGAUCAUGGUACAAGAAUCAGAUGCUAUCGUCAAGCCUGCGGUUGUAGUAGCCGAAAUUGUGGCUGAGUCCGACAAGCUUGUCUGGGAGGCACAUGAACCCACUGGGGCAGACCCAAAGGGACUUGAAUUUGGAUUGUGUCUGAUCAAGGGAACCUCGAUAGAGGUGAACCUUCCAGACUCGGUCCGAGUGACAUUGUCGAUUGAUAUGCAACAGUCAGUCGCUGCCCUCGCCCACCGAAGAGUUUCGACCCAAGGAAUAAAUUUGUUGGAAGAUAGCCACUUGGAAUCAUAUUUGCGGGGUCAAGAUGCUGCAUCAUUUUGGCAAACGGAGUUGCAGGAAUUUGUUGGUUGCACAGAGAGACAAUUCCCAACGAUUUCAUGUGACCGUUUAGUGGUGGCUCCAGGGAGUACUGAAGCCCUGAGCCAAAGCCUUACCCUUGAUGUCUCAUGGGAGCAGCUGGAAGCCUUAACACAACAGCGCCACUUGGGAUCAGUCAUCUCGGCGAUUCGCGCAGCGUUUGCGUGCAUUCUCGCUGAGUAUGUUGAGUCGGAUCGAGUAAUCUUGGCGGAACGAUCCUCAACGGACCCCGUGGAUAACAGCUUGGAAGCUCUGGUGCCAGUCCAGCUUCUAGCUAACGACACGGCCCAGUCCCUGUUGUCUCGCGUUGAUGAGUUCGCUGCGAAGUCAGCAAACACACCAAAGGUGUCGGUGAAAGUUGCUCGUGAAAUUCUCGAAAGUCCUUCAGAUGGUCCCAUCUACAACGCACUUCUCACACAUCACGUGGAAAGGACCAAAAUUGGGGACUCCCUUCCUCUCUCUCAGCUCACCACCUGUUCGGAACCUGCCAUCAAACUACAUCUUCAACGCCUAGACAACGAUGAGGUUGAGAUCACGCUAUCCAUUCGCGCCACAUUGAUAGACUCAGCUCAUUUGCAUCUGGCACUGCGGCAGAUUGGCGCACUUACCACAAUUCUUCUUUCCCACUCCACGGAGUCGAUCCAAGAUCUUACCAAACACUUCCCGGAUGACCUCCUGUCAUUACACACCCCACAUGCCAGUGAGCAGCUCAGAAAUGCUCCACUGCUGUCCCCGGCCCAUUGGGUCGAUCACUGGGCAGCCACCAACCCCACAUGGAACGCCGUGGAGAUCGUAAGUGAUAUUAGCGAAGAUGGCACACAAUCUCAAUCCUGGACCUACUCUGAGCUGUCCCAAACCUCGAAUCAGCUCUGUGCUUGGCUUCAGUCCCGUGGGUGGCAGAAUCGAUCGAUUGCAGUAUGUCUCGGUCGCUCAUUCAUGGCAUACGCGCUUGUACUUGCAAUUUGGAAAAGCGGCAAUUGCUACGUUCCUGUUGCUGAAGACCUUCCCGAGGCUCGACAAAUUUUCCUGCUCGCCGAUAGCGGUGCCAUUGCGUUUUUCGCUGACAAAAAUGUUGCUGAAACGAUUGUUCCUCCCGAAGAUUGCGCGGUUAUUGAUAUCGAUGAUCCCAUGCUUCUUACACCACCGGCUGAACUGGAGAGCUUAGCUCCAGUGAGCGCGAAUCCGAAUGAUGACUGUUAUCUUCUUUACACCUCCGGAUCCACCGGGACACCUAAGGGCGUUCUUGUCAGCAGGGGUAAUCUCUCUGCUUUCACCGAGGCUCAAUCAGAAUAUAUCUGCCGCGAUGUUCCGGAUACCCUUAUCCUAAAGGGCUCAGGAAGCUAUCUGGCGCAUGCCAGCCGGGCCUUCGAUGUGCAUAUAUGUGAGAUGGUCUUAGGCUGGCGACAUGGGCUUCGUCUUGUUACCGGACCCCGAACGAUGCUUCUGGACAAUCUAUUCCUCGUUUUGAGCCAACUGAGAAUUACUCAUGCGGGAUUCGUGCCUUCACUUCUCGAGCACGCUGGCGUUUCUGCCGAGUUACUACCCGACCUUCGAUAUUUGGGAGUCGGUGGUGAGAAGAUCUCUGAGACUAUCAUCGAGCGCUUCGUUGGCAAGCCAUCCAUCGCACUCGUCAACGCAUACGGCCCAACUGAGGUGACAAUCGGCAUGACAAGCCACACUGUGAAGCCCUGGUCCACUGUGCGCAACAUUGGCACAGCCGUUGGUAACAUCACAUUGCACGUUUUGGAGGGUGACACUUUGAAGUAUGUCAAAAGAGGCCAGGCAGGUGAACUGUGCGUCACUGGUGACUUGGUCGCCAACGGAUAUCACCGAAGGCCAGAUGCCGGAGGUUUCAUUGAUUUCCAUGGACAACAAAUGUAUCGCACUGGAGACAUCGUGCGCCUGAUGGCAAAUCACUGCGUCGAGUAUCUGGGCCGGCGCGAUAGCCAAGCUAAGAUUCGCGGUCAACGACUCGAGCUAGAAGAGGUUUCAGUCGCUGUUCGCCGCUGCGCCAACUUCCCUAUCAAUGUCACUUCGAUAGUGACUCCUUCUCCCAUAACAAAACGGCCCCAGCUUGUGUCAUUCAUCAGUCCCUCCACAAAAGGGUCGGACGGCACCCCUAGGAAGCCUACUUUCCUCAAAGACAAGUAUCAGGAAUGGGUGCCGGGAAUUCUUGCACGCUGCUGUGCUGAACUUCCAGCAUACAUGGUGCCAAGUGUACUGCUGCCGAUAAGUUCAAUUCCUAUUCAAAUCUCCGGUAAAGCAGAUACUCGCCGACUGGUUGCGCUGUACGAAAGCAUUCCUGUGUCAGAGCUACUGUUGAAAGCUGGCGCAACAAGUGCUCAAGUUUCAGAGCCACAUUCAGAUUUGGCUAUCACACCAUUGACAGCCGAAGAGGAACUCGUUCGGAGUAUAAUUUGUACUCAGUUGCGUGUUGAAGAUCACGACUCGGUCAAUAGAGGGACAAACAUCUUCCAACUGGGGAUGGAUAGCCUUACUUCUCUCGCUGUGGCAGCCAGUAUGCGCAAGGCAGGCUAUGUUUGUGCUGCAGCUGAUGUUCUUUCCAAUGCUACAGUUGGCCAGCUUGCAUGCUUACCACGAACCAAUGCUGGUCUAACCCGGGGAACUUCUGCGGAGUUACUGUCAAAUGAAGCAGAUGAUGCAUCUAAAGAGUUGGUGCACCUUGACCAAAAGUUCCGUGCUUCACAGAAAGAUUUCACAUGCUCCGAUAUAUCUGCCGUCUGGCCUUGCCUGCCUCUUCAAGAGAGUCUUGUAUCCAGUUCUGUCGGAAAUACGACCCCCCUAUAUGUGAAUCAUAUCAUGUGCCGCUUGGGGACGGAAGUCAACUUGACAGCACUGCGGGCGGCCUUCGAGGACUUGAUGCACGAGAGCGAAAUUCUACGUACCUGCUUCCAUGUCACCGACAGCAAAGUAUUACAGAUCGUUCUGAAGCCUCGAGCCACCAAACUUCCUUGGAUUCAAGUUCCUGUGUCGGAAGAAGCCAAUGCCCUAUCCCUCUUCAAAAGCCUCCAAGACGGAAUUGGAUCAAAUAUUGUUGGCAGAAUCGAGACCACACCCCCGUUCCAUCUUCUUGCUGGCGAGAGUACCAAUGGAGAGCCAGGGUGGUUGAUGUUAUCUAUUCAUCAUUCUAUCUUUGAUGGUGCUAGCAUGGAUAUCUUCCUUGGCCGCCUACACCGACACUACACUGGGGAUGCAGCUCUGCGGAAUAUUGAUCUCACAUCACUUUAUCGCUAUUUUGUGAGUGGCAAUGACAACAAGCAAGACGUUUUCUGGACCAACUACCUGACGGGCUGUAAACCAGCCAUCAUCAACUACCAGACCAGCGAUGAUGUCUACCAAAUACUUGCUAAGAAAUUGCCACUCUCAUUUUCUGCGCUAUCGAAGUUUGCAUCCGAGCACAAGACUACCGCAUCCAUGAUUUUGGAAACGGCAUGGGCUAUCACGCUUGCGAAGACUCUAGGCCAAAAUGACGUCGUCUAUGGUAGAGUCAUGAACGGCAGAGGAAUUCCGAUUGAGGAAAUCGAAUCAAUGCUCGUCCCACUUGUCACUACCAUCCCAGCCCGCCUUCAGCUCCCUUCUGGUAGCUCAAAGUUGCUUGAGCAGGUCAAGACACAUACUGCGAGCAUCAUUGCCUCGAUUCCAUACCAGCACACUCCACUUCGCGCGAUUCAGCGAUACGCCAAUGUCACCGGGCCGCUUUUCAACGCUAUGUUUUCAUACCUCACGAUCGGUCCACAAACGCCCGCAGAUGAAAUGUUGGUCGAGAUGGAAAGCUCGAUGCAGGUGGACUAUCCUCUAGCUUUGGAAGUCAAAGCAGAGUCAGAUCCUGAUACAGUCACACUGAGGCUGAGAGUUGCCGAUGACCCUUCCUUGAUUGACCAGCUUGGUGGGUUUGUCGACAACGUUUCUUCCCUUGUUGAAGAUCUGUUGUCUGAUGGAGAUGCCAUCAUCGAUGCCCCGACUAUCUCACAGCGGAUAGAAACACGGCAGACUAGUUGGAAUGAGACCGAAUGGACCGACGAUGAGACUACGUUGCGUCAGGCUGUGUCGGAGAUUACAGGAAUCCCCGAAUCUGAUGUCUCAAAGAGCGCCUCUUUCUUUGCUCUGGGAAUUGACUCUGUUGUUUCACUUCAUCUAAGUCGCCGCUUGCAGGAAAAAGGCCUCAGGGUGUCUUCCAGUGACAUUUUGAGAUAUUCAUCAAUCGGCGCUCUCAGUGAGCGUUUGAACAAGCACAUCACUAGAAAAAGACCCACUGCUACCGUGGAGAGAAUCAUCGACUCGCCAUCUAAGGUUGACCUUUUCGAUAAUGAUGAUUCAGUUGUGGAAAUGUAUACUUGCACACCUUUGCAAACGGCCAUGAUCGGGCAAUGUCUCAGUUCCGAAGGAAAGGGAUAUGUUCACCACCACUCAGUCCUAUUGGCAAGCUCGAUCGACCUUCAAGCACUGAUCAAAGCAUGGAAAUCUGUUGCUGAGCGGGUUGAUGUUCUUCGCACAUCAUUCCACAGAAAGAUUGGUAGCCGUGAGAUACAGGCUACAGUUCAUCGAGCUUCGGUUGUCAACUGGAAAUAUCAAGACGUUGAAUCCCUCCCUGCCGCUAUCGAAAGAAUAUCCGAACAGGCUGCCUACCCGAAUAUCCAAGAUUUUGAAAGGCCACCUUGGUAUAUUACCUUCCUCGCCGAAGGCCACAGUCGAUUGAUGGUUGUCACUAUGCAUCACUGUCUCUAUGAUGGAUUCUCCCUGCCCAUGCUUUUCGAUGCAGUUGAAAAGCAGUAUCAUGGUGUUCAAUUUGAUGUUCGUUCGUUCGCAUCUGUGGCACGCCAGAUUUCAUCCACUCAGGAAGAGUCAGCUAAGUUCUGGAUCAAUUCGGUGUCAGGUUACCACUGCCCGGAAGAGCCAGCACAGCCAGAGUCGACAAAAGAAAGUCAUGUGCACUGGGCAGAAACAACUAUUCAAACCCCUGUGUCUACUUUGCAGCGCCAGUGUGGGUUGCUAAAUGUUACCCUGCAAACAGUGGCACUCCUUGCCUUCGGUCGGUCAUUGGCAUUGCAUCUGGGGCAGCGGGAUGUGGUAUUCGGCCAAGUGGUAUCUGGAAGGGCGUCCGAGCUUGAUGAUAUGGCAUCAGUCAUAGGUCCAUUAUUCAACACCGUGCCGUUCCGAUUGAAGCUCGAAUCCCUCUCUCGAAGUGUUCGUUCAACCCUACAAGACAUCCAGAACUUUUGCAUUGAUUCACAGCCCCAUCAUCAUGCCCCGUUGACUCGCAUUCAAAAAGAAUGGCGCCUAUUGACAAAUGCAAACAGCCCCUCGCUGUUCAACUCUAUCUUCUCCUUCAACAAAUCACAGCCUUCGGACCUCAAUUCGAUCUUCCAGCCGUACAAACUGGCUGAGAAUCCGGAUGUCCCGCACUAUCCGUUGAAUGUCGAAUUUGACCAGACACCGGAGUCUCUUGUUAUCCGGGCAACUUGCCGUGACCAACUCAGUAAGAGCGAGCUAGAGAACUGGAUUUUGGGUAUUGCCCAAGGUAUUGAGGCUAUCAUUUCAGCCGGUGAUGAAUCGGCAACCAGCUUCCCUCCCGGCCUCAAGGAGCUUCCUUUGGUACUGCCGUUCAACCCCGAUGAAAGGCAGACCGCAAAGAAUGUUUUGGGUAUGGACCAGGAUAUCCAAACUCUACGAAAUAUUUUCUCGGACAUUACCAAAAUUCCAGUUGAACGAAUCCAUGAUUCAAGUGGGGUCUUUUCCCUCGGAGUUGACUCAAUCCUAGCUCUGGACAUGAGCGCCCGUUGCCGCGAAGCUGGUCUGAAAGUCACAGUCACGGAUAUUCUUCAAGGAGAAACCAUUCGGGGCAUUGCAGUGCUCGCCGCGAGCAAAGUCCAAAAACUCAAGAACUCCCAGAAAGCGAUUGCGGCUCAAAGGAUGAUCAUCGAUUCCAAGUCCAAGAGCCAUGCACUGGAUACACUCGGUAUUUCGGAAGAUGACGUGGAGGAAGUUUUGCCUUGUCUUAGUGGUCAGCUAUUCUACCUCUCUUCGUGGUUGCAAUCAAAGCGCAAACUGUGGGAAUUCUCAUUCGCGCUGAAGGCUCGCACCAAGCUUGAUCCAGAGCGACUCCAGAGCGCAUGGACUCACCUGCAAAAGAGACAUACGAUUCUCCGUACUUCUUUUGCGGCCAUUAGCUCUGAGAACAUCUUGCAAGUGGUACGAAAACCGAACGAUGCAAACCAAGUUGCACAGUUGAGUUGUGAGCAACCGACCGAUGACCUAAAUAGCGUUGUCCAAGGCCUUCUCGGCAAGAUUGCGGUUGACUCUUCUGAUCUUUUCACGCCUCCUGUUCGACUCCAUUUGGUCCAGCACCCUGAGUCCGACGCCAUUUUGCUCACCCUCCAUCAUGCCUUGUACGAUGCUCGUUCAAUCCCACUUCUUCUCAAAGAAUUGGAGGAAAUCUACCACGAUAACACACUGGAACCUCCAUGCAGUUUUUCAAACUUCAUCCUCAGCAGUGUUCAGGCCGCAAGCUCCCCCUCCAGUCUCAAAUUCUGGGAGAACUCAUUGAAACUCGGCCAGCAAACCCUCAUGGGAAUCACGUCGGAAAUUCAAAAUGACGAUUUGCGCGUCGAAUCCUUGGAGCGAACCUUCCAGCAGGAAUUGGGUGAUAUUCAAGCCCAAUGCCACAGCAUCGAUGUUUCGGUCCCAUCCCUGGUUCUACUCUCAGUUGGUCGUGCGCUUGCACAAACCACGGGUGUUGCGCACCCAACAUUUGGUCUUUUCCAAUCCGGGCGCUCAAGCGAGUACCCCGACAUUCAAAGUCUUGCAGGUCCGACCGUCAACCUGCUCCCGGUAGUAGUUCCGAACGCGUUGAAAUGCUCGACGGUGGCUGGGUUGCUCACCAUGCAACAAGACUUAGUGCAGCGCGUUAGUCAUGAGCAGAGUGAUCUCAGGAAUAUUCGUCGAAAGCUGCGUGAGCUUGGUAACGAGCUGCAAUUCAACGUCAUUGUCAACAUUAUUUGGGGUUCGCUCCAUGCUGGAAGCGAGGAGCAGGAGAAUCAGUCUAUCUUCGCCCCUUUCUCGGUCGGCUCCCUGACCCAACCCGAAAUUGCACCCCCGACCGGCACCACCUCCGUUGACAAGUAUGACUGGGCCAGCCAUGUUGGUGUGAACACUGUCUAUCUGGAAGUCAGCCCUAACGAGGAAAACAAUGGGCUACGAUGGAAAAUGGACUACAAGUCGGCUUCAAUCACAGAUGAUGAGGCUGAAAAGUUUUUGCACACACUGGGCAAGGAGCUGGAUACGAUCAACGAGACUAUUUGA